ACUCGCCAACUUCUUGUUUUCUGUAUCGGUCUUGGAGGCAUUGGAUCAUACGUCAGCCAUUGGAAGCAAGGUUUUGAAACUUUCUUACAUCAGUAAGUCUAUGUASGAAUCACUUUUCAAAAGGGAACAAGCAUGGCAUCAAAGUUUCGCAUUUUUUUGGUUCCCUACCAAAUUAUUGCGUGCUGUGUUGUAUUAAUGAUUUAUCCUUCUAACGCAUUCGCAAAUUCGGGUCCACUUAGACAUGUUUUUUGCCUGCCUUCGACAUCCCUGUACUCUGAGUUUGGGCGUCUUGGCUCCCAAGGUGGCAUUUGGUUCCGAUCGUUACUUCUAUUUUCCUUCCGAAUCCGCUGUUAGAACAGAUAACAUAAAAACCACCGCCAUGUGUUUGGCGGCUCUUGUUUUCGCCCAGGUUGUCCUUCGCAUGACAGAAAACGUCAUCACGAUUUUUCGUCACGGCAACCGGGAUUCCGCAGCCGUCAAACUAGCAGAUUUAUUUUGUUUCGUCUUUGAUGGCAUCUUCCUCUCGUGGAUGGUCAAUGUGCUCUAUACGAUUACCAUGGAAAUCAGCCGCGAUGAWUACACCGACCGCAGGGGGUUCUUUGGUUCGAAUCGAUGGCAGGCAUGGUGGAAAUCACGGAGUCUUUUUUUCUUUUGGAUCUUGUACACGGUCUUCGUGACCCUCUCGACCGCACUCAUCCUGAUCGGUUUGUUGGCGUUUACUAUGGGUGCGGUAGAUAUGACCGACGAACAUUUUGUGUUUGAUUACAUCAAGGCGARUGCUAUCAACGAUCUAUUGCUGCUGACUGGAAUUGSCAUMAUUUUAAGACCCAAACUAGUCGGGCAGUCACCAARUCCAUUUAGCACGAACAGUAUUGGCGCUGAUGAAACAGAGCGAGUCGCCGACGUUGAUUAUUCCCUCCUGCUCACAGAAAGCAGCGAGGACGACGAAGGGCAAUCCGGUGGUGGUGAAACUCGUGAAGAACAAGGAGAAAGAAGCUUUGAAAUGACCACGACCGCCGUCAGCUCGGGAUUGGAUUCUACGGCAAUGAAUGCGGCGCCAUGAACCUGUGGAUGAGACAAGCGUGUUUGACAUCUGGUAGACCUAUCUAGAGGUCCGAAAAACCAACCUUACUAUCGACACUAUUCCCUUUUGCCCUUGAACCAUUUAGGACAGAACGUCGCAGUUGUCCUGGUACCACUGAAAUAUAUUUUCAAGGAGCAC